AUGUUUCUCACUCCAUUUAUGCACACCCGCGCCGUGCGCCCUUUCUCUCCCUCCUUUGAGCAACCUGUGCUGCAUCCGCUCUCAGCACUGGCAUCUCCUCCGCUCAUGGAUGCGCUGUGCCUCGUCACCCCAACAAUGUGUUCCCGCACGCUUCUCCCUCCUUCCUAUUCCCCGCUUUUCCCCUCCCCCUCGCCCUCCCCCUCCCCUCCCCCUUCCCCUUCCCCUUCAACUCCACCUCCGCCUUCCCCUUCCCCUCCCUCUUCCACUCCCCAUCCUCCCAUUGCUCACUGUUCAAUUAACGCACAUCAUUCCCCUCCCCUCCCUCUCUCUCCUCCCCUUCCUCUCUCUUUCGCCUCUCCUCCCUUUUCCUCCCCUGCUUCUCUUCGCCCCUUCUACCUUCUCGCCUCCCUCUCCUGUUCCCUACCCCCCCUCACACCACAGCAACCGCGUCCUCCCCUCACUGGACUCUGCUCUGCUCCGCAACCCCAACACUGUUCUCCCCCUCGCCCUCCCGCUCCCCCUCCCCAUGCCCCUCCCUCCCCCUUGCCCUUCCCGUUCCCCUCUCUUCCCCCAAGCCCACCACAGCAGCCCUUCCCCUCGCUGAACUUUGCUGUCCCUCGCCACCCCAACGCAGUGCUCACUCUCUAA